AGAAGAAGAAGGUAACGAACAGCUUCGCAAAACGUUUGGAUUAGUAGCGAACUACACGAUUUGCUGUGUUAAAAUUAAAGUCGUGUGUGAUUGAGGAGUAACUAAAUGUGUUGCUUGCUUUUUUAGCUAAAACCAAACGAUGCAGUGCAACAAUGUGACAAAUAUCCCCAAAGGGCUACUGCAGCUUCGAGGCAGUUUGAGUAGCAUGAUGGACAGCCUGUACUAUGACCCCAAGGUGGCAGAGCUGAUGAACACGUCAAUGGGGCAGUUCCUCAAUGGCCACCCAUUCUUAGCCCUGGCUGUGUUGGUAUUUGGCGCCAUGGCCACUGUACCCAUUGGGAUUUUCCUGACCUUUGCCACUGUUACAUUCAUUGGUGCCACCAUGGGUUUAGUUUUAUUGGAGGUGUUUCUGCUAUCCCUGGGAGGGGUCAGUCUGCUGUGUGUGCUCUCUGCUCUGGCCAUCCUCGCCAUCCUGGUCUCCUUGGUCCUCGGUGCCUGUUACAUUACCUCUAACAAUGUGCUCAACUUCUACUACAGCCAGCGUAGGUACCGAGUCACUAGGUUGGAGCCUGCAACAAAUAUAACAGUCAUGGAACAAGAUGGAGAAGAAGAUGAAGAAGCCUAUGGGAAGCCGGAGGUUUAAGGAGCUGCAGCGUCAGUGAUGGAGAUGGCCUUCUAUAGACACAAUCGUAUACUGAUCACUGCACUGCAGUCCUCUCACUGGCAGAUUGGGGUUCCUCUAGACUUGAGAACUAGAUAGAGUAAAACCUCAGGUUGACUUUUCAUUAAAGGCCCAAUGCAGCUGUUUUUAUCUCAAUAUCAAAUCAUUUCUGGCUAAUACGUACCUUACUGUGAUUUGUUUUAAAUUAAAACAAGAAAAAAUUGCUUCUUAGCAAAGAGCAUGUUCUCAAGCAAUAAUUGUUUAGAUCUAAGUGGGGAGGGAAAAACUGAAAAAUAGCUGUUAUUGUCAGAGAUGUUUGGAACUCACUUUCUUAUUGGUCUAUUAACUAAUUUACUGCCAGGUGAUGUCAACAGGCAGGCCACAUUUUCAGCCCACCAAAACAAGCUGAAAUUUCAGGUCUUUUCAAACAGCUCUUGCACUGAAAGGGCAUCAUUUUCACAAUUGCACAGUAUUAUUCCAACCUCAUACUCUACAAAUAUUUAUAAAACAGAAAAAUCAUGUCUUUGACUGCCCUGGGCCUUUAACUACAAAAAUCUAUUAUCCAAACAGUCCAAUGGAAUCAUCACCAUUUGAUACAAGUAUUAAUAUUUCUUUAUAUGAUUCUAGAGGUUGUAUAAUUUCACCUGACAAUGUAGGCACAUUGAUUGUUGAUUUCUUUUAUUGCAUUAUAGCAUUUGUACUAUUAUCUCUAUUUUCUUGAUCUUUCUAAGGGUUAAGAGUACAAAGAUGUAUAUUUUAUACAUAAACAUAGUUGAAAUUCAAGCUGCUAUCGGUUGCUAGUCUGAUUGUCAGAUGUUACAUGCAAUGAAUGUACCUUGGUUUUUAUUGUCCUCAUCAUUUGCAAUGGAGAGGUGACUAAGCACCUGUAAUGGUAGAAAUGAUUUGUUAAACGAAGCCCAUUUAGAACAUGACAGAUGACCAGGUAGCAGUGCAAAUAAUAUACAUGUUUACUGCUACAUUGUAUUUGACAAUAAUCUGUGUAUUUUGUAAACAAUGUGUGCAGUAUGCUAUAAUCCAUAUUGUACAUUUUCCAAAGAUUUUAUUAAAUGCGCUCCUCUAGUUUUGAUCCACAUAGGAUUAAUAACAGGUCAGUCAUUUAAGUUUAAAAUCUGUGGGCCAUUUGAACAGUGGGAGCUAGUUUCUGUUACUAAGGUCAUGUCAGUUUGUGUAAACCAGAAAUGUCAAGUAUGCACUAAUAGAGAUAGUGACUGAUGAUUUGUAUCAAAAAGUGUUUUUAUAUGUAUUCAAUUGAAUGUACCUUUUCCUCUGAAGAUUAGUGGUGAGAUGUUACUUUGAUGGAAUGUUUCAAGUAAAUCACUUCAACUGCACUAAAUUGAUUUGCUCUAGAAAGCCAGUGUCUCAAUAUUGUAAGAUAUUUUUCUAAUGUACAAAAGUGUGCCCAUUUGUAAUUGACCCUUCACAGAUUUGUAGUUCUGGCCUUGAGCAGUUCUUGUUAAAUGUUCUGUAUUGUCAUGUUUAAUGUGGACCCCAUGAAUCGUAGCUGCUGCUUUCACAACAGCUAAUGGGGAUUCUAAUAAAAUACAAGUAAUUCUAAAGUA